GGCGGAGGGAUAGACUUCCGCAGAGCGCCGAGUGGGAUUGGGUGCGGGCCUGAUUGGCCUCUGUCUUCAGAACGGGGAUGCGGUGACGCCCCUGAGCGACCAUGGCAGCGUCUGACGAGCUGGCCUUCCAUGAGUUCGAGGAAGCCACUAAUUUGCUGGCUGAGACCCCAGAUGUGACCACCAUCAGCAGAAGUGAUCAGCUGACCCCAAAGGGGCAUGUGGCUGUGGCUGUGGGCUCAGGUGGUAGCUAUGAAGCUGAGGAGGAGGUGGAGAGUGACAAGUCCUCGCUUCUACAGGAGGAGAAGCAGCAGCCAGGAUUCUGGACCUUUAGCUACUACCAAAGCUUCUUUGAUGUGGACACCUCACAGGUUCUGGACCGGAUUAAAGGUUCACUGUUGCCCCGGCCUGGCCACAGCUUUGUACGGCACCAUCUGCGGAAUCGCCCGGACCUGUAUGGCCCCUUCUGGAUCUGUGCCACACUGGCCUUUGUCCUGGCCAUUACCGGAAACCUGACAAUGGUGCUGGCCCAGAGGAGGGACCCCUCCAUCCACUACAGCCCCCAGUUCCACAAGGUGACCGUAGCUGGCAUCACCAUCUACUGCUACGCCUGGUUGGUGCCACUGGCACUGUGGGCCUUCCUGCAGUGGCGCAAGGGUGUCCGGGAGCGCAUGGGGCCUUACACCUUCUUGGAGACUGUGUGCGUCUAUGGCUACUCCCUCUUCAUCUUCAUACCCACUGUGGUCCUGUGGCUGAUCCCUGUCCCAUGGCUGCAGUGGCUCUUCGGGGCAUUGGCUCUGACCCUGUCAGCUGCUGGCUUGGUGUUCACCCUCUGGCCUAUUGUCCGCGAGGACACCAGAUUGGUGGCCUCUGUGCUGCUAUCUGCUGUUGUCCUACUCCAUGCCCUCCUGGCCAUGGGCUGUAAGUUUUACUUUUUCCAGCCACUGCCUCUGGAGCACGUGGCACCUCCUCCUCAGGCCACAUCUCUAUCCCCAAACAUACUGACGCCCACCCUGCCAAUGUCUGUGGCAACCUAAGGCCCAAACCUGCAGGUCCAACAUGAGGGGACACCUCUGCCUGCCCUGCCCCCCCAAUGAAUGAAGGUUCCUUUGACAUUUCAAGAUCACUCUGCUACUUUCCAGACUUUUCUUACAAAGCAAACACUUUUAUUUUCUAUGCAAA